AUGACGCGCGGCAACACUCAAGAAGUCAAAAUGCAUUACAAAGGCCCAAACACGGGAGACGACUACGUUGUCUACAUCGCGAGUGCUGAAGCAGCACGGGACUGGAAGAAAGACAAGACAAUCCCACUUGUAGACGUGCUGGAUGGCUUCUUCGUCUUCGUGUCACACAAACAAGGAGCGCAAGGCAUCCUAGAUCGAGCGUCGAAUGCACAGCUAGAGAGUGAGUUCGGAACGCACAAGAUUGAGGAAGUCGCGCAGAUGAUUAUAGAGAAGGGCCAGAUUAUCCAAAACAAGUCAUCGAGCAAGGAAGGUGAUAGGAACCCUUCGAAUGGCCCUGGUAUUAGUAGCGGAGGAGGCGUUCACAACUAA